UAUGACAUGCCCAUUGGGUGAACAUCUGUUGACCUUAUCUCCAUUGUCAUCAGUCAUCACCAUCACCAAGGUCUCCUAGAUUCUCACGAAACUCUUUCUACUAUUUUAUUUUAUAAGGACAAGAUAUCAUUAUUAGCGCGCACACACACACACAAGAAAAACUGUUUCUCUCAAGAAGAGCACCAGAGAUGGAGGAAAUGAAGCCAUGCGCCGCUAACUCGCCGCCGUUGACUCCUCUUGGUUUCUUAGAAAGAGCAGCCACCGUUUACGGUGACUGUACCUCCAUCGUUUACGGUAGCAACACCGUUUACACGUGGCGUGAAACUAACCUCCGUUGUCUCCGCGUCGCGUCCUCUCUGUCUUCCCUCGGAAUCGGAAGGUCCGACGUCGUCUCCGUCCUUUCUCCCAACACUCCGGCGAUGUACGAGCUCCAGUUCGCUGUUCCCAUGUCCGGCGCAAUCCUCAACAACAUCAACACACGCCUCGACGCACGAACCGUCUCUGUUCUUCUCACCCACUCUGGAUCUAAGCUUCUCUUCGUCGACGUCUUCUCUCGCGAUCUCGCCGUCGAGGCGGUCGCGAUGAUGACGACUGAUCCGCCGAUCCUAGUCUUCAUCGCCGAUAAGGAAGAGGAAGGUGGAAGUCGUGCUGACGCGGCCGAUCGCAACAAGUUCAGUUACACUUACGAUGAUCUGAUCCAGAGAGGUGAUCCGAAUUUUAAAUGGAUCCGACCUGAAAGCGAAUGGGAUCCGAUUGUGCUUAAUUACACUUCUGGUACGACUUCGGCACCUAAAGGAGUGGUCCACUGCCACAGGGGAAUCUUCGUAAUAUCGGUUGACUCUCUAAUCGAUUGGACCGUACCGAAAAAUCCGGUUUACUUAUGGACUCUACCGAUGUUUCACGCUAACGGCUGGAGCUAUCCGUGGGGGAUCGCCGCCGUCGGAGGAACUAACGUCUGUUUGCGAAAGUUUGACGCGCCGUUAAUUUACCGUUUGAUUCGUGAUCACGGCGUCACGCACAUGUGUGGAGCUCCGGUGGUGCUCAACAUGUUGUCUGCGACUCAGGAAUCUCAGCCGUUGAACCGUCCCGUCAACAUCUUAACCGCCGGUGCUCCUCCUCCAGCUGCUGUUCUCCUCCGAGCAGAGUCAAUCGGUUUCGUGAUCAGUCACGGUUACGGAUUAACGGAAACCGCCGGACUAAACGUCUCUUGCGCGUGGAAGCCGCAGUGGAACCGGUUACCGGCGACUGAUCGGGCGAGGUUGAAGGCACGGCAAGGAGUGAGAACCCUUGGGUUUACUGAAAUAGACGUGGUGGAUCCUGAAUCGGGUCGGGGCGUUGAGAGAAACGGCGAAACCGUCGGAGAAAUAGUGAUGAAAGGAAGCUCGGUCAUGCUUGGUUACUUAAAAGAUCCGAGCGGAACAGAGAAGGCUUUAAAGAACGGGUGGUUUUACACCGGAGACGUUGGUGUGAUUCACACGGAUGGUUAUCUGGAGAUCAAAGAUAGAUCGAAAGAUAUAAUUAUAACUGGAGGAGAGAAUGUGAGUAGCGUUGAGGUGGAAGCGGUUUUGUAUACGAAUCCGGCGGUGAGUGAAGUGGCGGUGGUGGCGAGACCUGAUGAGUUUUGGGGAGAGACGCCGUGUGCGUUUGUGAGUUUGAAAGAAGGGUUGAGUCGGAGACCGACGGAGGAGGAGUUGAUAGAGUAUUGUAGGAAGAAGAUGCCAAGGUAUAUGGUUCCUAAAACUGUGUCGUUUAGGGAUGAGCUGCCCAAGACUUCGACUGGGAAAGUUAUGAAGUUUGUACUUAGGGAGAUUGCUAAGAAUAUGGGUAUGACGAGGUUAAGUCGGAUGUAAGAAAAAAUCCCUGAUUUUUAGUUUUUUUAUGCCAAAAAAUAAAGCAAAACAAAAGGAAAAAUCUAAGGGGAGUUGUUAUAUAGUAUCCCCAUAUCUGUUGUAAGAGACGCUACGUGUCAGCGUGCUACUGAACGAAAGUUUUUGUUAAGAAACAAAAAAAACUUCUCGUGUUUCUCUUUCUUCCUCUUCUCUCUCUUUCUUUCGCCUCUGCAAUCGGAAGAGAUUUUUCUCUCAAAUCGGAACCAAUCGGUAAAUCUCCUUCAGCAAUCUCUUUCUCGUGCUUGCUCAGGGAGUUAGGUUGGCUAUGGCUGUUUUAGCUAGGAUUUAUCGCGAUAUUGGUGUCUUGAAAGAGCAUCUCGCUGGUAGUAGGGAAAAAGAGACCGUGGUGGUGAAAGUCUCCGCUUCAGUUUGUGAAGGUUUGGGCUUUAGAGAGAAUCAUGGAGUUUCAACUACCAGUGCAGCCAAGUCAGUUAGAGCCCUUUGAACCACAUAUAGCACGGUGACACCAACAUACUGAUCAUGCUGGCAGUCAGGAUGUGUCCUUGAAGAUAUUAGAGCGGUUGUGAACUCGGCCAAAGAAAGCUUUGAGUUUUGACUAUAGUCCCUGUGAAGAACUUCAAAUUCCAAAGGUUUAAGUGGAAAAUGACCGUUUGAUUCGUGUAAUAAGACCUGAGAGACCACUGUAGGCUUUGGUCGGUGUUUGAGGUUCGCAAAACUGGUUGAGUGUUUUUUUCCAUAUAUUAAAAGGUAGGGUUCAAUUAAUAGAGUUAUCAUCUCCCCUGCCUCUAAAAUCAUCAUGAAGCUUAGAAGGAGAAGGGCUUCGGAAGUGGUGAGUGUUCCUAAACCACGUUAUUAAAGUGAUUGAUUAUGUUCUUCGUAAUACCUCCAAGUGGUCUAUGGUUCCGAGGAGAGCUUGUUGCCUGAAUGCUUAUACAUUAUCUUUCGGAGGGCAAAAGAUUUUGGGGGUGGAGUAUUCUCGCUUGCUGCUACCAUCAUGAGUGAUCUCAUUCAUAAAGAUCCCACUUGUUUCAAUGCUUUAGAUUCAGCUAGUAUAACGUCUUGUUCUUGUUUGUUUUUGGAUUAAUAAUGCAGCUCGGCUACUAACAGGUUGAUCACAUCAAAGGAUCAUGCAUUGGUCAUCUCGAUGCUGAUGGGGUGUACACUGACAUUGUUAACACUUUCUUGAAACGAUAUAGGGUGAUGCCGACAGUGGAGUCGACAGGCUAUGGCAGAAGAAGAAAGUUGAAGCCAAACAACAGUAAGACCAACAAGCUUUGUUUUCUAGUUUCUAGGUUUCUUUUUGAAAUCUAGAUGUGAACCUUUGUCUUCAUCACAAUCUUCAUCACAAUCUAUUUCUCUUCAUCAAAAUCUUCUCUUUUCACCUAUGUAACAUAUCCAUCAAAAGUUAAAUCAUGAUUCAUGAUGACUCUUAUUUAGUAUUCUCUACUACUAUAUCAAGUUUGAGUUUCAUAUUUACUA